UUAUGCAAAAAGAAUUAUAAGGCAGUAAUUCUAAAUCCACUAAAAAAAGAGUUAAGGAAAGAAGUGUUAUUGAUGCUCUACAUAGAGUUAGAGAAUGGAGAAGAAUAUAUGAAGAAGGUAAGUCUUCAUAAAAUACAAACUAACCAAGGAUUAGUCUCUAAGAAGCAGCAAAUUUAGUUAAAAUUCCAAAGAAAACAUUAGAAGACUAUAUUUAAAUAUUCAAUAAAGUUAGUUUAAUUUGUCAAAUUGAGGAUUUUUCUAAUAAGAGAAUGGGAUUUCUGAGAUCAUUUAUUUAAAAAAAUAAAGCAAUUAUUAAAACAGCUGCUCAAAUUAGAAAGUAAAUAAAAAAAGAAUGUGUAGAUGUUAAAAAUGAAGAUUCUUUUUAAAAUAAUUUAAAGAUAGAAUUUGAAAAUAUGAGCAAUAUUAAAAAUAUUAAAUACGAGGAUUUAAAUAAUGAUAAAAUUUAUGAAGCUAAGUUAGAAAUUAAAGAAGAGGAAUCAGAAUCCAAAAACUAAAAUUAAUUUUGA